AUGUACCAGCUGCUGACGGUCAUGCUGUGUGCGGCCCUCGAGACCCUGGCCGGGCGCACGGCGCUCGCCGUCAUCCAGGCACCGCAUCACGCGAACCAGAGCUGGGGCUUGCCCAGCUUCUUGGCCCAUCUGAAGCGCUUGACGUCGCUGAACAGCAACGCGACCAGCAGUGCCAGCCGGGCCAGGCCUUCGGAGACGUGCCAGGGCUAUUACGACGUCAUGGGCCAGUACGACGCCGCAUUCAACUGCACGACCGGGGGCUACCGCUUCUGCUGCGGCACGUGCCAGUACCGCUUCUGCUGUGAGGACCGGUCCCGGAGGCUGGAGCAAGGGAAGUGCCGCGAGAGUCCUCAGUGGUUCGCCACCACGGUGGCCGGCACAGCCACCCACGGGCCCGACGUGCCGAACGGAAGCAAGCAGCCGGGGAACAGCACCGUGUAUGUCAUCUGCGGGGUCAUUAGCUUCACCUUAGCCGUGGGAGUUGGGAUCAAAUUCUUCUUCAGCAAAGCCUCGAGGAGGCCACAUGGAAGGGAGCUUAAUGUCCCCAGGGCCCUGGUUGACAUUCUCAGGCAUCAAGCAGGCACGAGCUCAUGCACCGAGCGCAACAACAGCCUUGUGAUUAACUCCAACUUCCAAGACAACGGCUCAGCCCGGCCUCCGAAGAACUUGUACAACCCGGUGAAACCUUCCAAAAGCAGCCAUGAUAACAUGCAUCACAAUUACAUCCAUCUGAAUGUCAACAGCCCCAAGCACCACACAGCCACCCUGGACUGGCAUGUGAAUCAUACGCCCAGUCACUCGAACACAAAGUACAACACCCUCAGCUGCUCCCGCUCGUUCCACAACCUCUCCCAUCUGCCCCCAUCAUAUGAGACGGCUGUCAAGUCAGAACUCAACCGCUAUUCCUCACUCAAACGUUUAGCAGCUGAGAAAGACUUAGACGAAUUCUAUGCCAAGCGUCGUCAUCUUGCUGAGCUGACACGAGGGACCCUGCCCUUGCAUGCCAUGAAGAUGAACUAUGAUAGAGACGGCUACUCUGAGAAGUCACAGAACCCACGGCGUGUCAUGUCCCAAGAACAUAUCCUUUCAGAUGGUGGCAGUGGAGGAGGAAGCUACCGCCCAUCAAACUAUGACUACACCAUUCCACGAGAGCGGGUCAUCUCCCAGGAGCACCUCCUCUCCCGUGAAAACUUGCAUUCCCAGGAGCGGUUGCUUUCGCCAGAACGUCUCCAUCAGCGCACAGGCCCCUUCCAGGAGAUGCAUCUGGGCCACCAGAAGGCCCUCUCUCAGACCAAUGUCUGUGCCAGCAGUACCCCCAUGCUUGACCACCAUCACAUGAUCAUGAAGAACUCGCACCCUGCCUCCAAUAAUUCCCCCAAGACAACUGCUCCAUGGGAGGCCAGCAGUAGCCAAGCCGCCACCAGACGCCAGGGCUUUGCAGCCAAGAGGCAAAGCACCAUUGACCAAGUCCAGUUCAUCCCUGGGCACCACCCAACCCAGCACUUACCUACUGGCAGCAAGAAUGAGGUCACUGUGUGA